CUGCCAGUGAGAAGGACGUGUGUGUGCGUGAGUGAAGGCAGGCAGGCGGGCGGGCAGGUGGCGACCAGGAUCCCGUGUAGUGGUUUGUGGCCCGCAAUGACGUGAACGGGGACGUAAAACGUCUUGUACCCGCGUAGAGUUUGCGGAUGCUGUUAAUAUUUGUUGCGCAGCAGUGGAGCCGAAGAGGAAUACGUUUUCAUCUGACAUAUGACACAACAAAUGAAAUUGUUUCUGCGCGACGAUAAAGGGUAUCAUCGUUAUCCGUCCAUGAUGGUGCGUCGGAUGUGGAAGGUAGUUGGCACAGCCUUCCGUUUUUACCAAUUCUCCUCUGUGAAACACUGGCCAUUCAAUCACUGAAGCUAUUUUGCCGAGUGGUAGAGUCUCUAGCCACGAAUUGUAUCCCUAGUCGUAGAUAGUGCACGAGUGCGACGUCGGAGACCCGGUGCUCAGUAAUAUAAUUAGUGUACGAGCGGUGGUAGGUGGGCAUCUGGGUGAGAGCUCGGUGGUUUCGGCGGUGUUGCCGUGGGAGACUUGCGACGGUCCGUGUUCAAUGCCAAAUGCGAGCAAGACGUGGGCGCGAGAAAAAAGUAAAGAUUUUGUGAAAAUCGUCUCCACCUACUACCGUCCUACGCCAUACCCAAAAUAGAACCUUGAGCUAGGUCCAGCAGCUGAAAGAGCAGCGGACGCAGUAGCUGCAACAAUGUAUUCCCCCUAAAAGAACAGGGUGUGGAUAAUGUUGCUUUUCGUUUAGCAAUCCGAUUGGCAAAAGUGUCAUUGCGUAUAUGUACAGCCAUCAGUAUGCGUGCAGGUGGCACUAUACUAUAUUUGCGAUUAUAGCCGCUCUGAUCGUCAUGUUCGAUGGAAUCAAGUUUGCCAUUUGAAAUAAUACAAAUAUUACCCGGUUGUUGUCUCAUUGUUGCAUAAUAGUGAUUGCGUGAUUCCCUGGCAAGUUAUCCCGUCAUCAGCACUACCACAACAUCGAAUCAGUGUUUUCUGCAAAUAUCUUCCCGACGCCUGUACAACACAUCACAACAGUAUAUAUAUAUAUAUAUACAUACAUACAUAUAUACAUAUAUAUAUAUAUAUAUAUAGAGAGAGAGAGAGAGAGAGAGAGAGAGAGAGCGUGAAAAGUAAGAGGAAUAGGAGUCCGAUGGAUAUUUUAAUGCUGGCCUAGUGUACAUACAACAACUGUGGAGCGCAACUUCAGGAAUACUACAGCCGUGUAUUAGCGAUUACAGUUCCUGUCACUGAAGUUUUGGCAGGAUGGCUCAACGCGGAUUCUUGUCACGAUUGACAAGGUCGGCCUGGGUGCCUGCUGUAUUGUGUGUAGCCGUGUUGGUAAGCGCAGAGGACAGCGGUUCAAAGGCAAAUGGAAGUAGCGGAAAUGGGUUCGUGCAUGAAAGUUCGGGAACGACAGCCUCGUGCAAGGAAGUCGCGUACGUCUACAGAGCUAAAGGACUGCGAGACCAGGUGCCCAGCUCAUCGAUAUCAGGCGAGAGUUUACGGUUUUGCAGCAGCGUAUCAACAUGCUGCACGCCCCAACUGGAGGACCAGUUAUCAAAGGAAGUCAAAAUUGCCUUCUCUGAGAGCUUGCGGAAGGACUUCGGCAAAGCAAAAACAAAGAUGGCCUCACGAACAGCCAAAUUUGAUGAAUUUUUCCAGACGCUUAUCUCCAAAUCGCAAUCGGAUUUCAAUGUCAUGUUCAAGAAGACUUAUGGAAUCCAAUACGAGCAAAACGCCGAUCUUUUCUCGCGAAUGUUCGAUUCACUGACCAAGUAUUACACUCAAGGGGGGAUCAAUCUCGCCGAAAAGAUGGACGACUUCUUUGUCGAGCUGUACCAGAAGAUGUUCCUGGUGCUAAAUUCGCAGUACUCGAUAACGGAAAAGUACCUCAACUGUGUCGGGGGUACGAUGAAGGACGUACAGCCAUUCAAAGAAGUUCCAGACAAGUUGAUCCAGCAGAUCACGAGAAGCUUCGUUGCUACGCGUGUUUUCGUGCAAGCUCUAGGAGUGGGUCGCGACGUGCUUGCUAUGCUGAACGAACGGCUUGAGCCAUCUUCAACAUGUGCUCAAGCGGUUUCAAAGAUGCACGUUUGUCCGAGUUGUAACGGCUUUCCCGAUGUGAAGCCCUGUCCAGCAUACUGCGAAGCAAUGGUUAGCGACUGCAUGGCCGAUGUCGUCAAAAUGAACGCUCUCUGGAGUAAGUUCAUUGAUACGAUGAUCAACUUAGCUAGCCGCAUGGAAAAACAAUUCAAUAUUGAGGAGGUUGUCGAGCCAAUUGACCUUAAAAUUUCCGAGGCCAUCAUGAACUUCCAAGAGUCUCAUGAAGAAGCCAUCAAAAAAAUCUACAAACAGUGUGGUAAUCCUCAGUUUCGAAGCAACAGCGGUGGUGACACCAUGAGCGCCGUAAGCCGAAGUUCUUCGCUGACCGCUGGACUCACGAGACACGAGCGAAUGCGCAGGAGUCCAAGCGGCAGCAACUGGUCCUCAUCGGACAGAUCUCGAGCCUACAGUAGCAAUCGAGAAUUUUCGCACAGUCGAGCCAACAGCAUGGCGAUGUACGGCGGAGCACUCGGCUCACCUAACGGCGCUCAUAGCCGAGGAAGCGGAGGGAACAGGAAGCGCUCAGAUAAUAACGGUCUCGAAAAGCAUAUCGAAGCUAUCAAAAAACAACUGCAAAAUAUGCGACCGUUCUUCAGCCAGCUGCCGCAACGUAUCUGCAACGCCGCCAAUAAGGAUCAUGCACAAUCAAGCCCUGAUGCCGAAUGCUGGAAUGGAUCGGAGAAAACGCGUAAUAUUAACUCGACGUCAGGUCUAUCGGAAAAUGGCAAUGGUGGACGGUUGAGAUCGUCUAGGCCGUCGAAGGCUCAAAAAAGUCUCGUGUCGCGUCAGAUGGACCUCUUGAAAGUUAUCAUUAAAAAGCUACAACUUGCUUACGAUGGCAAAACGGUGGAAUGGGGAGCCGUCGAAGAAGAUAGCGGUUCUGAGGCAAGCCUACGCUCAGAUGUUGAAGGAAGUGGUGAUAUCGAGGGUAGCGGAGCUGGUUAUCAUUACGCUGGGUCAGGGGACGAACGUCCUCCAGACGACCCUGACCUUGAGGGUGGAGAUGACUCUGACGAUGUUGUACGGCCUUCGCAUCCUCCGCCAUCACAAGCAACCACAGGAGUGGCGUCGACAUCCGAAGAUCUAUACUUUGCCCUGCAAACGACAGUGGCGCCACCGCCAGGUGGCGCACGUGGGCAAGGGCCCAACCCGUCGGGUAGGCCCGGCGGAAAACGAAGAAUCAACGGACGCAAGAAAAAGAAGAACGGGCCACUAAAAGCAGGCGCUCCCGAGGGCAGCCCCGCCGCUACGUGGCAUCAGCACAGUACACUACUUGCCAUCACAUCGCUUUGUGCAGCUAUCACGUUGACGCACACGCUGGCGGUCACAUGGUGGCGAUUGUAAAUUAAUAAAAAGAUUAUUAU